CGAUCAGUAAUCUUUUGUUCUAAUUUGGCAUUGCUUACAGUCAGUGUGGUUAAUUUACAGCAACGCCAGUCUAACAUGAACGAGCAGUCCGGUUCAAUGUUGGUAUUUGUGUUUACAAACGGAACAAACUGAACGUAAGAAGAAACGCACUGAAAGCAGAACCGUUAAUUCACAGUGAGACAGUGAACGAGGAGUGAAUGAGACAGCAUGGGUGACAUCAAGCAGUUUCUUUAUGCAUGGCUGGGGAAGAAGAAGGUCACCCCAGAUUAUGACUUCAAUACAGGGGGACCAAAACAUCGUAUGAGGUUCAAGUGUGAGGUUCGUGUUGAUGGCUACGACUACGUUGGUGUUGGCAACUCCACCAGCAAGAAGGAUGCACAGGCCAACGCUGCCAGGGACUUUUGUCAGUAUCUUGUCCGCAAAUCAGAAAUGCUUGCCAGCGAAAUACCUGGGCUGGAGCUGACUACAGCGCGCCACCACAGCCAGGGGCAGAUACCUUUAGAGAAGGGGCUGGAUUACCUGGAGGACGUCUCCCGCCUCACCAGACCCUUGGUGGCGCUGACAGCAAACCAAUGGGUGCACCCCGCGAGUUUCCCAUGCCAGAGAGGACCACCACAGGCUUAUCUCGACAGGCUGGCUGCUGACAAGAGAGUUAUGGAAGAGUCCGAGGAUGUAGACUUGAAUGCUGAUAUCCAUGGCAACUGGACGCUGGAGAAUGCCAAGAGUCGACUUCACCAGUUUCUGCAGCAACAUAAAAUACAUACAGAUUACAAGUAUUCCAUGAUGGGACCUGACCACAACCGGAGCUUCAUGGCCGAGAUGAAUUUCUAUGUAAAGAAAUUGAACCAAAACAUCCAUGCACAAGAACACGGAUCCAACAAGCAGGUAGCCUCCAAGUCCUGUGCUCUGUCCCUCGUCAGACAACUCUUUCACAUGAACGUUAUCGAGCCCUACACAGGUUUGAAGAAGAAGAAGGAUUCCGAACAGUUGGCGCCGUACGACGUUGCUGUCAGCCCUGACUUACAGAACCAGAUCCUGCAGGUUUUGGACAAGUGGGGUAUUGAUCCCGUGCCCAAGCCUCAUGGCCCCCCUCAACCAGUAGAAGAUGGCUCAAUACCUCCCACAUCCCUCCUCACUAAUGUGUCACUGGAUGAGUUCGAGCCCGCCCCCAAGAGGAACACCCCUGGGGUUGUGCCAUGGUCCCCGCCCCAGCCAAACUGGAACCCCUGGAUCAACUGCAACAUAGACGAGGGACCACUGGCAAUGGCCAGUCUGGAGCAGGUGAGCCAGGAUCUGUUCAACAGCUUGGACGACCAGCGAAACCGUGACGAGGAACUUCAGAGGAUGACAAACGAGCGGUCCAAGUUGCCGGUGUUCGAGUCCCAUGACUACAUCCUUCAAACGAUACAGCAAAGCCCUGUGACCCUCAUCCGUGGGGAGACAGGGUGUGGUAAAACGACACAGGUGCCACAGUUCAUCUUGGACCAGAUGGUGAAUGAGGGUCGAGGUGCUGAUUGUGGCAUCAUCUGCACACAGCCCAGGAGGCUGAGCGCUGUGUCUAUUGCUGAGCGGGUCGCUGUUGAGAGAUGUGAAAACCUGGGCAUGUCUGUUGGAUACAGUGUCAGAUUUGAGUCGGUCUUGCCUAGACCGUACGGAGCUCUGCUGUACUGUACUGUCGGGACGCUGCUGAGGAGGCUGGAAGGAGGGUUGAGAGGAGUGUCUCAUGUCAUCGUUGAUGAAAUCCACGAGAGAGAUAUCAAUACUGACUUCCUGCUUGUGAUGCUGCGAGACAUGGUACAUACCUACCCCGAGCUUCGAGUGGUGUUGAUGUCGGCAACGGUGGAUACAUCGCUGUUCCAGGACUACUUUGGAGAUUGUCAGGUGGUGGAAGUGUACGGACGAGUCUUCCCAGUGCAAGAGUACUACCUGGAGGACUGUAUCCAGAUGCUCAACUUCGUCCCUCCUCCAAAUGAAAGGAAGCGAAAGAAGGGAGGGGGCGGGGAUGACUUACCUGGAGAUGACGAGCAAGAGGAGAACUGCAACCUGAUUCUGACAGGUGACUACAGCCCGCAGACCAAGGUGGCCAUGUCGCAGCUCAAUGAGAAGGAGUUGUCGUUUGAGCUGAUCGAGUCCAUCCUGCGCUACCUGAAACAACUGAAGGUGGCAGGUGCUGUGCUGGUGUUCUUGCCAGGAUGGAACCUCAUCGUCUCUCUACAGAAGCACCUGGAGUCCAGCCCAGAGUUUGGAAGCUCAGCAUACCGUGUUCUCCCCCUCCACUCCCAGAUUCCCCGAGAAGACCAGCGCCGAGUGUUUAACCCCGUACCAGAGGGAGUCACCAAGAUCAUCUUGUCGACCAACAUUGCCGAGACCAGUGUGACUAUUGAUGAUGUUGUGUUUGUCAUCGACUCUUGCAAGGCCAAGAUGAAGCUGUUCACCUCCCACAACAACAUGACGAACUACGCCACUGUGUGGGCGUCCAAGACGAACCUGGAGCAGCGACGUGGGCGAGCAGGUCGAGUCAGGCCCGGCUUUGCUUUCCACCUGUGCAGCAGGGCGAGAUUUGACAAAUUGGACCAACACACUACACCCGAGAUAUUCCGUACACCACUUCAUGAACUGGCCCUGUCAAUCAAACUUCUGAGACUGGGUCCAAUUGCUCAGUUCCUGGCCAAGGCAGUUGAGCCCCCACCCCUCGAUGCUGUCAUUGAAGCUGAAGCAACACUUUUCGAGGUAUAUAUGCGAGCACUGGACGCGAAUGAUGAGUUGACCCCCCUGGGAAAGAUCCUCGCCAAACUUCCCAUCGAGCCUCGGCUCGGCAAGAUGAUCAUAUUUGGGUGUAUCUUCUAUGUUGGAGAUGCGAUGUGCACAAUAGCUGCCAGUACCACAUUCCCUGAACCCUUCAUCGUCCCGGCAGACCGGCGGCGCCUGGGCUGGGUGCACAAGAGUCUAGCGGGGAGCCGAUUCAGCGACCAUGUGGCGCUACUCAAUGCCUUCCAGCUGUGGGAGGAGGCCAGAUCAGGAGGCGAGGACAGUGAGAUAUAUUUCUGUGACCAGAAGUCCCUCAAUCUCCAAACGUUACGCAUGACAUCUGAAGCAAAGAAUCAGCUGAGGGACAUCCUAUCGAAUACUGGAUUUCCAGAUGAGAGCCUCAUGCCCAUGGGCUUCAACUUCGUGGGGCCAGACAACAGACUGGACAUUGCCAUCACGCUGCUGGCAAUGGGGCUGUACCCCAACGUGUGCUACCACAAGGAGAAGAGGAAGGUGCUCACCACAGAGAGCAGAGCUGCCCUAGUACACAAGUCAUCGGUCAACUGCAGCAACUUCGAGGUCAACUUCCCAUCACCUUUCUUCAUCUUCGGAGAAAAGAUCAGAACCAGAGCUGUUUCCUGCAAGCAGAUGACGAUGGCCACACCUCUACAACUCCUGCUGUUCGGGGCACGAAGUGUCACUUUACAGGGAGACAUGAUAGUAUUGGACAACUGGAUCAACCUUCGGAUGGAAUAUGAGUUGGCAGCUAGUUUAGUUGCAUUACGUCCAUUGCUGGAGGCUCUGAUGGUGAGGUCGACAAAGGAGCCGGAGGGAGCGGCAGAGCCAGGGCCUCAAGAAGAGUGUCUUCUGGCUGUGCUGAGGGCAAUUUCACGUCCCCAUGCCGGCCGAUUUGGUCUCAGCCAAGAAUCGGGUGGCAACAAUAUGCGAGGACCUCCUGCCAAGAUGCCCCGGAUGGGAGGAGGAGGGUUUGGAGGAGGAGGAGGAUAUGGUGGAGGGAGAGGGGGGUAUGGUGGUGGGGAGGAGGAUAUGGAGGUGGGGGAGGAGGAGGGUAUGGGAGGUAAGGGGGGAGGAUAUGGGGGUGGUAGAGGUGGUGGCUAUGGAGGUGGCCGGUCAGGAGGAGGGUAUGGAGGUGGCGGCUACGGAGGUGGUCGAGGUAGGGGAGGAGGAGGUGGAUUUGGUGGGGGUGGGAGCAAGUAUGGAGGAGGAGGGGGAUAUGGAGGCGGGGGUGGAUUUGGCCGUGGAGGAGGAUUCCGCAAUGAGCAGCAAGGUGGCUCUUGGGGUGGGGGAAGCAGCAGUGAGGGUGGCAGCUUCUCCUUUGGUAGUGGAGGAAGAGGCAGCAGACAAUUUGGUGGUGGAGAUCAGGACUAAUUUAAGGAGGAACAUCACAGGUCAACAGCUGAGAACUUACAAUGUUGUGUUCAUCAAGAAACCAUGGAUGUGUUAUAGACUGUGGUUGGACGUCUUUAUGAAGUUUCCAUUUGAAAAAUUAAUGAGAUCGAAAUUUGGGCAUUGUGUUCUUCAUAAAGAAUGUUUACAUUGAAUAUAUCUUUGUAAUCAAAGUGUGCGAUUGAAGAUGUCUGUCUGAGACUAAUCUUGAACCUGAGAGUGUAUCCCAACACUGAUUUUAUACAAGACUACUACAAGAUACCAUACACAGUCUGGGCAAUUAUUUCCAUUUGAGCAGAAUCUUUGCAUUUAGUGUAAAUCUCCCAAAAUAUUGAACCAUUACUAUUAGAGUGAAUAUUUUGUGAAUUUUAUCUGACAAAAUGGACAGUAAUUAAUCCAAGUUAAGUACCUUGAUACAGGAUACAGGAAGUUUCAUAAUGAUUUCAAAAUGGUAACUUGUAUAUCUUGUGAUGGGAAGGUUUCAGUGUUUUUUAGUUUGACAGAGAAGAAGCAAACAAAAGAUGACUUCAUUUUGUUAAAACUAUACCGUAUUGCUAACACUGUAUGGUAAUAUGUUAAAUGAGAUACUUAUGGUCCAAAUUAUUCCCAAUUGCCACAAUAUGUGGUCAGCAUCUUGUCUGUCACAACUCGCUUCAUUUUAUAUUGUUGCAUCAUGUUUAAAAUUUUUGUCAUUACUUAUUGAAGUUAUCUGCAAUUAAGUAAAAUUCACAUCAUAUCAGUUUUAUGGUUAUGAUACUUGACUGCCCAACCAUCAGAGAUGGUCUGGUAAU